UUGACUUAGCUGCCUCGGGAGAAGCGGCAUUGGGAUUUAAGACCGUUCCUCCUUUCAGCUGUAGCAGUCUAGCAGAGAGACAAAGGUACACACAAGAAACUGGUCAAGGGUCGAUCAUGUCAUCAUCAAAGAGGAAGAGGGCGGACAUAGAUCUCGAGAGGAGGGACGACGAAGUCGACGACGGCAGCGGCGAUCACCAUCCCGGAGAGGCCGCACCGCGGGUGCAGAAGGAGGGACAAAUCAAGGAAGGAGAGGCGCCAGCCAAAGAGGUUGUUGAAGUGGUUGUGGACCGAGGAGGAGACGGCUCCAAGGAGGAGAUCAAGUAUGGUACUCAACAAGGAGGUGUGAUUGAGGAGGACAAGAAAUCUGCAGCUGCUGCUGCUGAUAACGAUGCCGGCGACGGCAUCGACGAUGAGGAGGGCGACGGUGGGGGAACUGGCGCAGAAGACAAGCACAUGGUAGAGGCGGCCCCUGGCGACGGCGACGGCGACGGCGACCAUGAGCAUACCGCCAUGGCGCAAGACGAGUUGAGCACGAUGCAGGAGGAGAUGGAGAAGAUGAAGGAGGAGAACAAGAUGCUCCGGCGAGUAGUGGACCGGACGGUGCGCGACUACUACGAGCUGCAGACCAAGCUGGCCGCUUACCAGAAGCAACCGGCAGAUCAGGAGCCUAAGGAGACCGAGGUGUUCCUCUCUCUCGGCGGCACGGCGCCUGCGGCUGCGGUGGCGGAGGCGAAGAGCAAGGAGGAGCAGGCGGCUCUGCGGCCGUCCGUGGGAAGCGACGACACGGACGACGGCAGGGAGGGUCUAGGGCUGUCGCUCAGCCUGCGCACGUCGUCGUACGAGGAUGAAGCGAGGCGCGACGUCGUCGACGGCGGUGCGCCGGACAUCGUCACCGACGUCGGCAAGGUGAGGGGCUACGCGCUGCUUGAGAGCAGCAGGAUGUCCCCGCCUGCGUCCGGCGAUCUCGCCGCAGGCGGCGGGAUCGGGAGCCAGCAGGGCGUCAACGCGGCCAACCGCAAGACUAGGGUUUCCGUGCGCGUCCGAUGCCAAGGCCCCACCAUGAACGACGGGUGCCAAUGGCGGAAGUACGGCCAGAAGGUCGCCAAGGGGAACCCGUGCCCCAGAGCUUACUACCGGUGCACCGUCGCCCCGGCCUGCCCGGUGCGGAAGCAGGUGCAGAGAUGUCAGGAGGACAUGUCGAUCCUGAUCACCACGUACGAGGGCACGCACAACCACCCGCUGCCCGUCGGCGCUACAGCCAUGGCGUCAACCGCCACCGCGGGCGCCGGUGCUGCCACCUUCAUGCUGCUCUCUAGCACCACCUCCGACGCGGCUGUCUCGGGUGGCCCGCCGCCGGCGUCCUCCUCCUACCUCAGCCCCUACCUACAGCUCAACUCUAGCUCCAAAUACCACUCAUCCGCCUCGCCACUAAUGUCCGGCAGCAUGGGCGGCGGUGGUGCUCAGCACCUCAGCAUGUUCGGGCAUUCCUCUGGGCUGUCCGCUCAGCCGGCGACGCACCUCAAGUACCCGUGGCCUCCGAACCCUUCGCACGGCGGCGCGGCUGGGCUAGGAGGGGGCAAGAGGCCGUUCUGGGGCACCGGAGGCGUCGACGACGUCACAACGGCAUUGCCUGACAAUGCCGGCACUAUGGUGUCGGACCCAAAUCAGUUCUCUGCGGCCAUCGCCACCGCGAUCAGCAACGUCAUAGGGAAGGAUGGGCAGGCCACCAGGAGCAAGGAGGGGGAGAGUAGCAACAAGUGGGGGGUGGUUGAAUCACUUCCACCUCAUGAGUAGGAUAUGUGAGUGACACUAUAGGUAAUUGGGGCAGGAUUACAGAGGGGGUUUGAUUAGAGUUGUUGUGUGCAAACAGAUCAAGCUAGGAGGGGAACACACAUUGGAGAAAUUUUUUGGGCCUAAAUUUGGUCCUGAUUUUUAGGUUGUUUUGGAGGAAUAUUGCAAUUGUUGAUUAUUAACGGUAAAUUACAACA